UCUCUCUCUCCCUCUUCUUCCAUGGCCCUCGGAAUCGAAGCUCGACUGCGUUCUAGCAAUGGGGUGUGUGUUAUGCCGCCCGAUUCCCAUUUCUCCGAUGAUGGGGUUUCUCGCAAAUCCAAAGUUACCGUCGUUGGAAGUGGCAAUUGGGGCAGUGUGGCGGCCAAACUCAUCGCCUCUAAUGCCGCUAGGCUGAGCUCUUUCCAUGAUGAGGUUAGAAUGUGGGUGUAUGAGGAGACUCUGCCCACUGGUGAGAAGUUAACUGAUGUUAUCAACCUCAACAAUGAGAAUGUUAAGUAUCUCCCUGGUAUAAAGCUUGGCAUGAAUGUUAUUGCAGAUCCAGACCUAGAAAAUGCAGUGAAGGAUGCUAAUAUGUUGGUGUUUGUGACUCCCCAUCAAUUUGUGGAGGGGAUAUGCAAGAGAAUGGUUGGAAAGAUAAGGAGAGAUGUAGAAGCUAUUUCACUCAUCAAAGGAAUGGAGGUGAAGAAGGAUGGUCCAUGCAUGAUUUCUUCCCUCAUCUCCCAGGAAUUGGGUAUCAAUUGUUGUGUUCUUAUGGGGGCGAACAUAGCAAACGAGAUUGCUGUGGAGAAAUUCAGUGAAGCAACAGUGGGCUACAGGGAGAACAUGAGUGAGAUAGCUGAAAUAUGGGUUCAACUUUUCAGCACUUCCUAUUUUGUUGUUACUCCUGUCCAAGAUGUUGAAGGAGUUGAAAUGUGUGGAACCCUUAAGAAUGUUGUGGCAUUAGCAGCAGGUUUUGUUGAUGGUUUGGAGAUGGGAAAUAACACGAAGGCUGCAAUUAUGAGAAUCGGUUUGAGAGAGAUGAGGAUGAUAUCCAAGCUUCUGUUUUCAUCUGUCAAGGACAGUACUUUCUUUGAGAGUUGUGGAGUAGCUGAUCUGAUUACAACGUGCUUGGGGGGAAGAAACAGGAAGGUGGCAGCAGCUUAUGCCAAGAACGAAGGGAAAAGGUCCUUUGAUGAACUUGAAGCAGUGAUGCUACAGGGCCAAAAAUUGCAGGGUGUCUCCACUGCAAAGGAGAUGUACGAGGUUUUGAAUCACCGAGGGUGGCUGGAGCUGUUUCCACUGUUUGCAUCUGUCCACGAGAUCUGUAUCGGACACCUCUCCCCCUCGGCCAUCGUCGAGUAUAGCGAGCGCAAACCCAACUUCUGUGUUAUUGAUGGCCAUGCUCAGUAAUUCAAACAAGAAACUGAGAAAGUGUGUCAAAGUCAGACUGGGAUUUGGUUCAUCUUUAGAAGUACAUGUACAGAGAUUGCUGAGAUUCUCAAAACUUUGAACUGUUUCAGAUGUUCAAGAGAAUCUCCUAUUUUGUUGGAAGGUAAGAGUGGUUAGUGCUGUGUAACUCAAAGAUCCAAUUCUGUAAGUUCCUUAAAUGGAAAUUGAUGAUACAUAUCAGAUCAAAACUUCUUUUCUGAUUCA